CGGAGAUGUGCUGCUACUGCUUUGACGUUCUCUACUGUCAUCUCUAUGGUUUCCCUCAGCCACGACUUCCUCGGUUUACCAAUGAUCCCUAGUGAGUAAACCCAUAUGUGCAGGAAGAAACCUGACAAUCCAGCACCCAGGGCUCUGACUUGGUGGGGAGGGAGAAGGGAUCUUUGGAAAACAGGCAAGCUAGUGUUCAAGAAUACAAGGCAGGUAUUGUGCUGCUUGUAGGAUGAUCUAAAAUCAAAACCAAAAAGAUUGACCAUAAGUAAGGAGUAAAACUCGCAUCUGAUUUGUUUUGGACAUAAGUAGACAUUUAGGAAAUGACAUUUCCAUUUGUCAUACUAAUAGAAGGCAAAUUUUAAGCUUGGAAACUUGGAAGCUUCAGCUCCCUAUCUAAUGGGCUAGAUAAUGCAAUAUAUCCCUUACCAAGAUGUACAAUCUCAGUUUACGAUAAAGCGUCCCAACUUCCCUCUACUGUGAUUUGAUUCCUCACUGAAAGAACUUAAUUAUACAGUAAUAUCACCUUUAUUAUAGCAGAAUGCAGCUUUAACUUGUAUAAUGCCUUUCAUGCAAACUGUGCAAAAGGGUUAAAAUAGAGUAAGAGAAACAGUAUGGAGCUUUUCAGAAAACAUUUAAAAUAAGAUGGUAAGUUUGAGGGUGGGGUAGGGAGCCAACAUCAUGUGGCAGGUACUGCAGUGAAACUAACCUUCAUGCCUAUUGUGCUGAUUUUGUGAAGGGAUGAGGCUGCUGUCUGGUGAGCGGUAGGGGAAUAGACUGUGUCAGAGGUAGGUUGAAGCAAGUCAGUGGAAGGUUAUUGAAAACAAGGGAUCCAUCCUGAAAUAAAGGAUGAGCCAGUUGAAGUUGGUUGAGGAUGUGGGUGAGACAAUGGUGAUUCUUUGCAUGUGUGAGAAGAUGGGCAAGAUAAUUGCAAUAGUCAGUGAGAUAAUGACCAUUUGGAGGAAUCAUAGCAAUGGUGUAGAUGGGCAGUGUUGUGGAGAUGGUGUUAGGCAGCUAUAGAAGAGAUGGAGAGUCCCGAUUCAGGGAUGACAUCAAGGCUAUGAACAAAGGCGGUGUCUAGGAGAAAAAGACAGGAGAUGGAUUAGUUCUGUGAGUAUACCCCUCAAGCAUUUCCAUCUGUGAGGUUUAGCUGAGGAAGUUGAGGAUCCCCCAAGUUUACUUAGACAAGGCAAGCAGAGAGCGUGGAUGACAAGACAUUGCAGGUGUCAAAUCUGACAAGGAAGCAGAUAGAAAAGAACAGUGGGCUGAGAAUUGACCUCUGUGGGACUCCUUAAAGAGGGGUUGUGGCACAGAUGAGCCACCACCAAAAGUGGAUAAAAAUAAAUUGCUUUAAUUUUUAAUGUUAAUUUACAUUAAUGUAAAAUGUAUGUAAAAGUACCCAUCCACCUUUGUCAAUAGCUAAGCUUGUCAUAGACUUAUUAAAUAGACUGGAUGCCUCCACCUCCAUUCAGUUAUCAAUAUGUGGCAUCCACAUGACAUAAGUUGUGUAUCUGUUCAAUUGUCAUCACAUGAGGAUUCUGUCUGCAUACUGUACACUAAUGCACUAUAAAUACAUUUGAGCAGAGAAAUGGGCUAGGCUAGACUAUAAAAUAGUUGCUGGUAAUAUCCAAAUCUAAAUAUUUCCUUGUCAUUCCCUGGGAUGACAGGGUUUCUUUUGGAGAAGUAUAUAUUAAUGUGCUCAUUGUUUGUUGCUUGCUGCUUGGAACAGGAAGAUGAGCUGUAUUGUUUUGUCUAUUCCCAAGUCAAUAAUGCAACUUUAUUUUGUAUAACCUCUUUCACACAAACUGUUACAGAACAUUUUAGAGUUAAAAGGCACUGUUCAGCUGACUAAUUUUAAAUAAUUCAAGUUUUUGAUAGUACAUCUCGUUCUUAAAAUUGCUCUUUUUUAAUAAGAGUUUUUCUGUUCCUAAGGUGAUACUUAUAAAGUUCCUAAAAAGAGCAGAACAUCACAUCUGUGGCCCUAUCUCCUCCUUCCCCUUACUCAGUGCAAGUGCUUUCUGUUUCUUCCAGGAUUUUGGAGCAGAGCUCGGAGCUGAAGCACAAAGCAGCUCCGGCGCAGUAGAGUUGCAGGUUUUUGCCUGGAGCUUGCUCUGGAGCCAGAGCACAGUUCCAAAGCCUUGGUUCCUUCUUUAGCUUUGCUGCUACUAGCAAACAUUCUCUUUCACGCCCUUAGGAAGAGCAUGGAUAUAGGUUCCCUCUGUGGGAUGAUGUUGCCAUUCUGGGGCGUGAGACAGAAGUGUAAUAGACUAUAUAAAACCAAGUGCUCAAAGCAUUGAGACUAAAAACACAGAAGUAAUUUGCAAUGGUGUCCUCUUCACUCUGUUAACUUAUAAUUAAGAGGUAUAGACAAGAGACAAAGGUAUGCACUAAUAGUGACCAGAUCAUGUGGACAGACAGGUAUGCUAGACAAAUGGUAAAGUAGAUGCCCUUGUUAUAAAAUGAAAAAGCUCAUGAUUCUAGAAGUAGGAAAAUCAACAAGAAUAUCAUAAUCAAGUUCCUAAUUUGCCAAUUAGUGAAGCCUAACUGUAUUUUGUCUGUCCUCUGGUACCAGGAUACUUCUACCAAAUUAUAUCCUUUUUCAGCCUCAACAUUAUUUUAAGAAGUUUUGAACAAAGCAAUGUGAAUGUGCUAAAAACGUGCACAAUUGAUGCUGGCUGUACAGCAUCAAAUAUGCUGGUCUUCUAAAAAUUGACACCAUUCUUAAUUCAACUAUCCUGCCCUCUGAGAUUAUAUUUCCAUCAUAUUGAUGCAAAAAGGUGGCAACGUAGUUCAUUGAAAACAUAGAUUUUGGGUAGAAAUAUGCAUCUUCAAUUUCAAUCCUAGAAAAGAUGGAACUAACUCAGGAUUAUGUUCCAUCAACCAUGUAUCAGCCUCUCCCUCUUUUUCUGGACUCAGCCUGUGACCUUUCUCUUUGGGAUCAGUGUCAUGUUAGCUAAGUAAAGGAAGGGUUCCAGAGUGUUUCUGAUUUAAUUUUUUUUAAUUGUCCUUGUGUGAUUCCAGUAUUUACUAGAUCAAGCCAAAUUUCCACUGAGUCUGUGGCAGUAAGGUCAUCAUCCUACAGUCUGUUAAAUUCCUUGGAAAUCUCUUUUUGCAAGUUUAGUACCUCUCUAUAGAGUCUGUUAUGUGAAAUGUGUAUUAUGUUUUUCCACAUGCUCAUUGCCAGUUUCAGUAUGCAGUAGCUGGAUGAAAAUGUAGACAUGCAUUCUCCUGAGUUCCACCAAGCAUUGCUCAAACCAUCAAUCCUGUGUUUCUUUGCAUUCAACCAACCAGCAGGUUGCUAAUGGUUGUGGAAGAAUUUUGCAACUUCCUGUUUGGGCAGAUUAUUCCACAAUUGCCACUUGAGUCUUUCUUGCUCCUUCCUCUGGAACUGUCUGGUACUGGCCACUGUCAGUGGUAGGGUACUGAACUAAUGGUGACUGACUUCUCUGAUCCAAUAUGGCAAUUCCAUUGUUGCUCAGGGAUGUUAUUGGGUGUCGCUUUCCGCAUUGGAUUUUAAAUAGUGUUCUAAACACCUGUACAUCAGAAGUUUAUAGAUUCUAGCAAACCUCCUAACAGUUCAUGACCUUAUACCUCCUCUCAGCCCUUCACAAAACUCUCUCCCUUCUCCCAACAGCUAAUGAGACUAUUCCACCCACUAAUCACAACCUCUUCUCCAGCCACCAAUGACUCCACCCAUUCCUGUUCCUCUCCCCCCUGCAGGCUUCCCAUCUGGGCCUACUGAGAAACAAGAAAGUCCGCUUUUUGUGACGUGGAAGACGGGGCGAGACAAGCGGCUUCGUGGCUGCAUUGGAACCUUCUCAGCCAUGAACCUUCAUUCAGGACUCAGGGAAUACACAUUAACCAGUGCACUUAAGGACAGCCGAUUUCCCCCCCUGACUCGUGAGGAGCUGCCUAAACUUUUCUGCUCUGUCUCCCUCCUCACUAACUUUGAGGAUGCCAGUGACUACCUGGACUGGGAGGUUGGGAUCCAUGGGAUCAGAAUAGAGUUCAUCAAUGAGAAAGGUGUCAAACGUACAGCCACGUACUUACCUGAGGUUGCUAAGGAACAAGAUUGGGAUCAGAUUCAGACCAUAGACUCCUUGCUCAGGAAAGGUGGAUUUAAGGCUCCGAUUACCAAUGACUUUAGGAAAACAAUUAAACUCACCAGGUACCGCAGUGAAAAGGUGACAAUCAGUUAUGCAGAAUAUAUGGCUUCCCGUCAGCAUUGUUUCCAGAAUGGCACUCUUCAUGCUCCACCCCUCUACAAUCAUUACUCCUGACACACGGCUGCAUGACCAGUCCCGCCCCCCAGUUGCCACCAAUGGCUACGACAUCAUUGGGGCAGAUGCCUCCUCUUCUUGGUCCAGUUACUUCUAUUACUGCACCAUUUUAUGAUGCUAGCUUCCGUUGCCAAGUCUGCCUUCCAGCUGACCUGGGGGGAAUGAUGUGUGUGACAGAACUUCAGGGGCCCAAGCCUUAUCUCAGCCUUCCCUCAAAAUGGGGGUUUAGUUGGAUUGGGGCUCCAUGACUAGGAAUUGCAGUGAGGUGCAGAAGACCUCUGGGAGUGAAAGUGCCACUUCAGAUUGCUCUGUCCUUGUAUGUCCUACGUUCUGGAAACUUGAAUUGUUAAUUAUGAAAGCCCCCCAGAUCAAGUAGGAGCGUUCCUCUGGCAGUCUGGGCAACGGAGUCCAACAAAACAUUUUUAGGUUAUUUUAAAUUCUUUUUUUAAUCUCUGGUAUUUGUUGUGUAUCAAGAGCUGAUUACAGUCCCCAAACAUCACAGGUGGACAUCAUGUUAAGGGGAGGGUUGAACAUCUGGAUAGCACCCCCUCCUCCUGGAUGGAAACCAUUUAAAGAUGUGAACGCCCUUUGGAUGGUAUUACAAAUGAAAGCAUUGGUUAAACAAACCCCAGAAGGCUUUAAUUCUCAGAUUCCACUCUCAGCUGAAUUCUCCAGCCCUCUUCUUCUGGUUCAUAUUCAGUUUUCUGGUUUAAACAGUGUUUUAUGAUGUAGCCUGCUGUUGAACAGAAAUGGUGAGGUUCUUGAGUCUGCCUGGAAGAUCUCCUCUCAGUUACAACUAGGCUUACUUACUGCCUUAGACACUGGUGGUAGAACCUACGAUGGAUUGGGGAAUGGGAGGGGGCUCUUGCAGGGCAUUGAUUGCAGUCAUACAAAUUAAUCUAGUGCCUGAAAGUUGUUUAAGUCAAGCAAGCACUCUCGGAGACAUUCCUUUCAACAGGACGGCCACUUUCUCUAGGGUGACUAUUGAUCUGAUAUGGGAGUUGUUGAUGUUCCAGUUCAAGACAGGUCUACAGAGUAAAGCUAUGUAGGUUAGCUUGUAAGUCAUUGUCUAACACAGUUUAAUCAUUGCCCCACCAAGCAAUUUUUUUUAAAUAUCAGUUUUACCCAAACCCUAUUUAAUUCCUGUGCAUUUUGUAUUUCCUCACCCAUCACUGCUGAUUACACAAGAUAUUUGCCAUUAAAUGGAAGCAUCUUCUUAUCCAGUCUGCAUACUCCUCCUACCCAAGUCACUGAAUGAUGUCCUGAAUACUGGAUUAUGGCACCUCUAAAUUAAUCAUCAGGGACUGUAAAAUGAUUAUACAAGCUUCUUACAAAUAUCUUGGUAAUAGACAAGGAUGGUCAAAGAAAAUGCAGAUUAAGAGCAUAAUGGACUAAUGGAUAUUUAAUUGCAUAUAUCCUCUAAAAUAUGUGUGGUAAUGCUGGCUUUUUAAACUGGCUGGGAAUAUCAGACUGAAAUUUACACAAGUUCUCUCCUUAUGUGGGAAGUGGGUCUGUAAGGAACCUCAAAACUGUGCAUGCUGUUCCUUCUAAUUCCUCUGAAGAAGUGAACAAAACUCUGCAGUUUUGCUUGUCAGUGUCAUGUUGUGCUGCUGUUGGGGAAAUGUAGAUGUGAGGAAAAGGAGGGGGUCCUAUUUUGGAUAUCUGUGCAAUAUUGUCCCAGCCUUGCUUCUGUACUGGGUCAUUCUUAUGAACUGCCACAUUUCCCUUGUGAUGUAGAUGAAACAAGUUUGAAGAUGAAGGGAUUGUUUCACGAUUUCCUGCUGCUGAGAAUAAAUCAGUCUUGUUACAAACUAGAGUGAUUUGUAAUUACUCUCCUAGGUGUCCUGAACUGAUGGGGGAGGGGGCAGGGUCCGAUCUGGACAUACAAUUCACCUCCACCAUCAAUCAGUACUGAUACAUAGGGCUACGCUCAUUACUGUUCAAGUGUUUUAUGUUAAAAUUUGAUUUUUAAAGAUUUAAAAAAGCAAAACAAUUGGUGCUAAAACUUCACCCCUGAGCAUGCUCAGUGAGACUGAUCAUGCACAUAUAUAGUGCCAGGCUGUUCAUCCCUGGGCACGCUAGCGAGACAGGUCAUGCAGGCGUAUAGUGCCAGGCUACACGACUCUAUAGUUUCUUUUUAAAAUGUUUGCCCUGAUCUGUGUCUUUAACCAGUGUAUUGUGUUCUCUGGAUUGGAUUGAAUUUUAAUAGAGGAGGGAGUGGGUUAGCUGACAUUUUAAGAUCAGAACUUUAGGACUGAGUGACCUAGUUGCAUUAGAUGGAAGUGGGCUGAAUGGCUCAGGAGUGGGGAAGCCUUACCCCUCGCACUUCCAUCCCCCCCACCCAGUCUAUAAAUUAAAAUGCCUGUAUUAAAGAUGGACUGUGUUCUUGUCUUGGUGCUUUGAGUGGAAGAGCAAGCAGACUCAAGAAAUACCAGUCUGCUGUCUGAGAACUGGGCACCCUCAGAAUCAGUCCCAAUUUGGGUCCAGUUAGAAAUCAAUUGAAAAGCAUGCCAAUAAUCACAUCAUCUCAGAAAAAUCUCUGGCAGGGACAGUGGUUCUCAGGAAAUAAUCCCAUUUCUGGAUCAUUAGAUGGCAGGUAUGCAUAAGGAUGAGACAAAUCUGAAAUGAAACAUACGGCCUUUCAGUUACCUAACAAGAAGUGGGCAACCAAAAUAAAUGUUGACCACUAGGAUUAAAGAUUGUCUCUGCAGGGGUCCCUUCAGUUGCUGUAGCACUCAGCUGGAUAGCAGGUAAAAUCUGCUCUUUGGAGGGUCCCAGCAAUAGUCAGCUGGUUUGGAUUUUGCUCAUCCUUAGCAAAAUGCCUUUUGGUCCAGAAGGGUUUAUUCUUAUGAUAACCAUCUCUGGGAAGUUACCGUGCAGCAAUUAUGCAUUGUCUUGUUUUACAGUAACUACAGGAGAAUGUCUUUGAUCACUGGAGAUGUCAGUGUUGGAAUGUUUCCACUGUGAGGUUCCUAAACUUUUCUUUUUCAUAAUGUUAAACAUCCAAUUUCUGUAGAGGCCAUUUCAGUCUGAAAAGUUUUUUAUGGUCAAAAUAUCACAUAUAGCUACAGUUUAUAAGAACAAAGAAGUCUAAGAAAUCCUGAAAGUUCAUUUUAACUUUGGGACAGGAUUACCUGUUUUUCAUAAUACGUUAACAUCUGCAAUCUUCACAGACUUAGUGCUGUUUUCUGUUUGUAUUCUGGAACCUACAUGUUUCAUUUUUUGGUUAAUUUAAUUUUAUUUCCUUAAAGCAAGGAGACUUCUUUUGACAUUCGAUGCAGAGAUGUCAGACCAAUUAUUUGUGUUACACUUGGUUGCCUCCUAGCUAUAUAACUUCUGAGUGUAAAUCAUUGAACUCUAUCCUCUAAUGAAGUAUUGUAGAGAAUAAAUCAUAAUGGAUAAAUAUGCUUUUGUUCUGUCUCAUCUCUCUCUCUCUGAAUCUUGAGAUAGAAUAAGAUGAUAUCUCACCUUGAAAGCUGAACAUGUUGUAUGAAUACAAAGUCUGCUAAUGAA